GCAGACCCUGCCCUAUGGACAAUCCCUGGGCUGUACACGACGACCAACCACCUCCCUCCCCGCCCAAACUCGAUGACCAGCUACCCAACUGGACCGCACCAUCAUGGACAGCUCCUGCCAGUGCAGACGCAUGGGGUCAGACUCCUGCCUGGGGAGAGGAGUCCGACAUUGCCUCGCAUCCAAAAAGCCCUGGGUCCGAACAUGCACCUGCACUCAAGCCUAAGCCUGAACCCAAGCCCCAGGAACCCAAACCAGAGCUAGAGGCAGCUAAUAUCCCUGCGCCAGUUUCACCCGCUUCGGAAAACGAUAUCCCCAGCGAGGAUGAUCACCAGGAAAUUACGAUCCCAGAGCCAACCUCCCCUGUACUUCCUACGGCAGCCACACUCGACGGCGGUUUCGGCGGUUUCGAGUCUAGCAUACCCUUUGACACUGCCGCUACCUUAGCUGCUGACGACGAUGCUUGGGGACCACCCACUGUCGUCGAUGUGGACGACAACUGGGGCUCCACCUGGGGAUCUGCGGCUGACAGGGAAGCGGAUGGAGGCGAAGCACGCGACCAUGUUCAACCAGACGAAUGGGAAGCAGCCAGACGUGAGAGGGAGAGGAUGGACCGUGCUGUCCCUCCGGAACUUUUGUCUUCUAUACUGCAGAGAUGCGAAGAGGUUACAUCGGAGUUAUGGCCUACGGACAAAGAGCAGACCCCCGAAUCUGAGGCUGACAAUUGGCGCACGAAAGGACCAGAACCGAUAGAGCGCUAUUCGGACACCCUCAAUAAACUUCUGCCUCCUGAAAGACCGUUUCUUGAGACACUUCCACCGUUCGCUCAGACAGGCAUUUACAAAGAGAUGUCGACGGCACUUCGACUCUCUCGCCACACGCCGGUUGCAAUGCGCAGUCCUUUGACUCGGUAUCUUGACUCGCGUGGAACUCAACGAUGGCGUGGCACCACUACCAUAACUGAAGAGGACGCUACUCCAGCGGGAUGGCGUAUUCUUGAGAAGAAGCCAGAGGAAGAAGCCAAGGCAGCUGCAGCACCUAAGAAGACCGGUUGGCUUUCAUAUUGGAAUCGCAGGAACCCAUCCGCAACUUCGGUUGACUCUCCCAAGAGCCGAACUUCACCGCGUUCUAGUAUGGACAGUGCGCCCGUCAAAUCGCCUCAGCCUCUGGAGACAACCCAGCUUUCGGACAAAGCCGCAUCACCUACCGCUGCUUCGCCAGUGUCUGUCGCCAAACAGCCAGAGCAACCUGCGUCGACGAGCAAUUCUACUACGCCUGAUCCUCCCUCGAUUGAUGUUUUCCCACCUGCUGCGCCUGGUCCAUCGGCAGUGUCGCGUUUCCUCAACAGAUUUUCUCGCCGCCAAUCCCGUACAGGCUCGGCACUUGCACUGUCAUCAGACGACCUCGAAUUCCUUGAUGAUGUUCCAUACCAUGGAGAUGACGGCAAGGAUGACAAUGACUGGUCUGCAAUGUUCAAUAAGCCGGUAGUUCAGCCCGCUGCACCUACGCCUUUACCGCCCAGACUCGCACCUCCGCCUCCGCCAUCUGCUCCCGUACGCUCGUUACCAGCGUCGCGGCAGGCCUCCAUCUCUAGCCUACCGCCUCCUCUCGCGCCAUCGCUUUCGUCCCGUUCGAGCACGCCUGUUCCUCUUUCACCUAUAUCGCCUUCAUCUUCGUCGACUCAGCAAUCUGCAUCGCGCGCCCAGUCACCCUUCCAAUUUCCACCGCCUCCGUCGAACUCCCUUCCUCCUCCUCUUAAGGCAGCACCACUCCUCCCGCCUCCGCAAUCUACACAUCCUGUACCAAUUUCGCCCACAACUCCCAAGCCACCUACCACUCAAGCACCAGCCUUCGACGAUUUCAUGGAUUUUACAGACGCGUCGAAAGCACUCAAUAGCGUCAAUGACAGUCAAGCGAGACCAUCAGGAACCUCCAGAACUGGCCACCUACCAGCAAAUGGUGAUGACUUCUCGGAUUUCUUCGAUGCUCCUGCUGCUGCCCCUCCACGUCCUGCAACCCCGGUGCGAAGUAGCAACUCCCUGGAUAGUUUCCGCAGCCCAUCGACUAUUGCAUCGAGCUCGAGCUUCCAAUCGUCUUCAUCCUCAAAGCCACUUACACGAGUUGCUGGACCGUCACGGUCAAGGCUCUCGUCGCUGACUGGCUUUGAUAGCCCCGAUCAGAUGCCUGACCGGGUGCCCAAACCAAGGCAAAACGAACGAGGCUGGGAAUUUGACGAGGAAAUGGAAGAGCUCGCUGGUGGGGCUGGGGAUGACUUCAACGACUUCGCCUCGUCUGCGAUACAGACACCGUCGCCGCCUCUGCCUCCCGCUAAGACACUUCCCGCCAUGGCGCACCCUACCUCACCGACACGUAUGUCGAUUCGGUCGCCCUUAUCUAAGGCGCUUGCCGGUCCGCCGCGAGCACCAGUGCAGAAACCUGCAACUUUGCCAAUGGGUAUGAUACCGCCACCGCCGAACACGACUAGGGCCGUUCCUCCACCAACUUCGAGGACACCUACGUUACCUCCUCCGCCUGUUUCGAGGACUCCAACGUUGCCACCUCCACCUACUUCGAGGACACCGACCCUACCACCACCACCGGGGUCGAAACAAGGGCUGAUACCUCCCCCACCAGGUAUGGCACCACCUUCAAUCAACACUGCUACUCAGCAACCGGAGUUCGAUCUCCUUGGUGAUGCCUUCGCGGCGGCAGCAGCGCAGCCAUCAUCGACCGGUGCCGUACGAGAUGCAAGGUCGCCUGUAUCAUCGUUGUCGCCUUCGCCUCUGCCCAUGGAAAUGAAUACGUCGUUGUCUCUCUCUUCGGCGUCUUCUAAACCAGCUCCUUCGCAAGCUGUCGCCUCUGCGAGCUCGAACAGUAAGGGCGGGCUGUCUGCACAGGACCUGUCAUUUUUUGAGGGACUAUGAAUCCUAUCUGUAGGAUCCGCUGGGAAUAAUAUUAUAGAGUCAUAUUUUAUGCCUUGUUUUUACGUACUACAUAAUGUAUCUACGUAUCACAGCGGUUGACAUGCUCUUUGCAUGUGUACUCCGCGGUUCAUUAAACCCGCUCGUUGUCAG